GACUUCGACCACCACUGUCCGUGGGUGAACAACUGCAUUGGCAGGAGGAACUACCGCUACUUCUUCCUCUUCCUCCUCUCUCUGACGGCGCACAUCAUGGCCGUGUUUGGGUUCGGCAUGCUCUUCAUCCUCUACCAUCGGCAGAAUAUUGACCGCCUGCACGCCAUCGUCACGCUGGCUGUAAUGUGUGUUGCAGGCCUGUUCUUCAUCCCUGUGGCUGGUCUCACUGGCUUCCACAUAGUGCUUGUGGCCAGAGGCAGGACUACUAAUGAACAGGUGACAGGGAAGUUCAGAGGAGGUGUUAACCCUUUCACCAAUGGCUGUUGGAAGAAUGUCUCUCAUGUCCUCUGCAGCUCACAGGCACCCAGGUAUCUGGGCAGGAAGAAGUGUGUGCAGAGUGUGUGUGUGCAGCCUCCCUUCCUGCGGCCGCAGCUGACAGAGGCCCAGCUGGCUGCAAAGAUCCUGGACAACGGCAUCCAGGGAGAUCUGCACCGGUCCAAGUCCAGUCUGGAGAUGAUGGAGAGCCAGUCAUGUGACGCUGAGCCUCCACCUCCUCCCAAACCGGAGCUCCGCUACCCUGGGAUCACCCGAGGAAACACAGAGGAGUGCAGUCUACUGAACAAAGCCCCUCCCACCCCCACCAUGUACAAAUACAGGCCCACCUACAGCCCUGGGAAGAACCACACAGCGCUCACACAUGCUUACGCCAACCAGCUGAGUCGAGGAGAGAGUGUUGGCACUGGCAGUGCAAAGGACUCCUCCUCCUCCACCUCCUCCCUCCUCCAGGCCAGUCAGCAGCCCGGUUUCCGCUCCCAGCCCAGCCUGGACCGCAGGGACGCUGUGGGGGGGGCGGGGGUUGGAGCUGGGGAGGAGAGGAGGGAGGGGAGAAGAGAGGUGGGGGGCAUCCCUGGCUACACCCUCGGUGGACGUUCGUACCCCUCCUUCUCAUCCAGCUCCACCCACACCUCGGCCGGCACCACCCACCUCUCCGAGGCAACCACCACCUCCGCCAGCUUCAAGAGCUUAGCCAAUCAGACGCCCCCGCCUCACCACCCGUCCCGCAACGGGAGCCUUUCGUAUGACAGCUUGGUGGCAGAUGGAGAGGACUUCAACAAAGGGGUGGUGGUGGCCCCUGAGGCUCCGUCUGGGAGACCCUGUACGCCGGCAGCAGGCGGCUACACCUCCCCCUUCCUGUCUCACCCGAGAGACGCUGAGAUGCAGUCGCCCCACCACUACCACCGCUCCUCCCACCUCCACCACCACCAGCCCUUCCUCCAUCGCUCCUCCUCCACCACAUCCUCCUCCCCCCCACCUCCCCUAGACAGGGAGCGCCUGCUGGGGGAUCCUCACCCCCCGCCAGCCAAUCACACCUCUGCUCCGCCGUCCUCUGCCGCCCCGCCUCCCCCACACCAUCGCCACCACCACGCCCAUCACCACCACCACCACGCCCACCAUCACCACCACUCUUCUUCCUCUUCAUCCACCAGCCGCCCUCCCCGCUUUGCCGGCCCUUACGCGCCCCCCCACCACCAUGCCUAUCCCUACCGCACCCGAUCCACCGACACCCCCCUGGGACCCUCCUCCUCCACCUCCACCACCCACCCUCCCCGCUCGCCCCACCCCCCGCCCCUGGGCAAGUCUCUCUCCUACUCCAGCGCCGCCGCAGCAGAGAUGCAGUACCGGCUCGUCCGUAAGGCCUCAGCGUCAGCCGGGGCCAACGCGGCGGGGGUGGGAGGAGGAGGGGGAGGAGCUGGGGGAGGAGGAGGAGGAGGAGGAGGAGUAAUGCUGCCCCCAAAGGAUGAGCUGAUCCAGAGGAAGCCUCUGAGUCGGUCCAAUGGCGGCCAGCCCUUCUCCUCCUGCUCCGCCCCUUCCUCUCCCUCUCACCCAAUCAGCGUGUGUGCCCGACCCGGAGUGGCCUAUCCCAGCUCGACCCUGACCCACAGUCCUGCUCACAAGCCUCAGGGGGGCGGGGUGAAGAAGGUGACGGGCGUCGGGGGCACCACCUACGAGAUCUCUGUGUGAGCGGCCACCAGACCCCCCCUGGAGGAGCGAAGAGGAGGUUCUGCGGCCUCCUCCCCCUCUGAGGGAGAGAAACCGCUUUUGAGGGUCUGAGGAGGAACCAGAUCUCACUGCUGGUUGGCUGUGGAGCUCGACUGGAUCCACCGCACUUCCUGUGCAGGUCACGUGAUGCUGGAGCACGCAGGAACCUUCUCAGUCUGCGCGCUGUGUUCAGGUGUUACAUUAUGCAUUCCCACUGCCAGGGGGAGGGCUCUGACCCCCACCAACUGUAACGUUACAGUCUGCUUGCCAGCACUGUGAACCCAGAAAUGUUGAGUACCCCAAAGUUUUAUGUUAGAAAUUAAGUAGUGGCCCUCCAGUAAUUACAAACUGCCGGAUGGAUAAUAUGUUGGGCAAUUUGCACAAUUAGCAUAAAUUGCGUUAAUUGGCAUUAAUUAGCAUUGCUAUGUGGACAAUAGUUUAAAAAAGGCUUGGCCGAUUUGGAGGAUUUUAGAGUGGAUUUGGGGGUUAUUGAGGACGCUGAAUCCGUUUCUGACAUUUUCAGGAUCAAAAAUGGAAGUUUAACCAGAAAGUGGCUAUAUUUGUACUCUGGGUGGGCUGAUUUUGACUACCAUGAGAAGUGUUAGAGACAAUUGGAUAUAGAGGGCACAAGUUGAAACUCUACCUAUGAAUUCUACUGUGAAGAAUUAUUGUUCCAAUAAAUAAGCAAUGUUUCCAAUACAAAUGAUCCAGAGUCCACUAAAACUUAAAAAUGGACCCAAAUUUGUCAAAAUCAGCCCACAUAAGCCGCUUUCACACCAAUUACUUAGUGCCGGCACUUAGUGCCCCCAGGGCACUAAGUACCAAUCGCGUU